UAGUUUUGCUGGAGUCACGUGAAGAGGUGCUUGCUUGGCAGGAAGUGUCUCAAAUUGGAAAGAUGGCGGGCGAGGUGUACUUAGCGUCGUUUGUGUCUUUGUUGCAAAUGCUCUCAACCUUUGGAGCAGAGUUGUCCUCUGAGGCCUGCCGGGACGUUGGUUUCUCCAGUAACCUCCUGUGCAGCUCCUGUGAUCUGUUGGGCCAGUUCAGCCUGAAUCAACUGAAUCCAGUGUGUAGGCAGUGCUGUCAGGAAGAGGUGCAGCUGGAGUCCAUUAAGCACUACCCUGGUGCCAUUUUGGAAGUAUGUGGAUGAAGACUGGGGAGGUUCCCUCAAGUCCAAGCAUUUGUCAGAGGUGACAAGCCAAAGACGUUCAAGGGUCUACAAAUAAAGUACGUCAGAGGCUCAGACCCUGUGCUCAAGCUGCUGGACAACAGUGGGAACAUCGUGGAGGAGCUCAGCAUCCUCAAGUGGAACACCGACAGUGUUGAGGAAUUCCUGAGUGAGAAGCUGGACCGUAUAUAAAACCCUAGUAUCCCCAAUAUUUGAUUCGUAUGUUUUUAGUUGAAAUUGGUCAUUUAAAAGUACUUUAUAAUAAUCUUCCCCCAACGAUAUAAUCACUCAAAAAUGUAUGAACCCUGAUGUUGCUUUUUGUGUAGUGUGGUGCCUCUAUGAACAUUUGUCUAUGCAGAGGUGUGCUUUAAUGAAGGCCUCUCAGGAAACCAUUGCUGGCUUGAUUGGUCUGAAGUCGUCCGUGUACCUCUCAGGGCAUCUUCUAAUAGGGAAACCACUUAGACAAUUGCAUCUCUGCAUUUAUUUCUUUGUGUGUUAGUAUGUUUGCAAGAACAACAAGGACUCAAAUCAAUAAAAUUCUUUAAAAUUCA